GUCGUGCCUUCCCCCCUGCCCUUGUCACCCAUGGGUGUAUAUAUACCCCCAUACACACCAUCUCGGCAGACUGUUCAGUGGAACCCCUGCGACACACAGUUCACCAGUUUGGGUACUACAACAAAACAAGACAAAAUGGCUCUGACAAACCCCAUGCCCAUGGGCCCUUGGAAGAUCACCGUGUACGAUCAGGAGUACUUCCAGGGCAGGCGUAUGGAGUUCACCGCCUGCUGCCAGAACAUCAUGGAGUGUGGGAUGGAGAACAUCCGCUCCCUGAAGGUCGAGUGUGGCGCCUGGGUAGGCUACGAGCACUCCAGCUUCUGCGGCCAGCAGUUUGUCCUGGAGAAGGGAGACUACCCUCGCUUUGAGGCCUACAGUGGCAGCAACUCCUACCGCAUUGAGAGGAUGAUCUCCUUCAGGCCCAUCUGCUGUGCUAACCACAAGGAGUCUCGCAUGACCAUCUUCGAGAUGGAGAACAUGACUGGUCGUCAGUUCGAGCUGUGUGAUGACUACCCCUCACUGCAGGCCAUGGGCUGGAUGAACAACGAGGUUGGAUCCAUGCACAUUCAGUGUGGAGCCUUUGUGUGCUACCAGUACCCUGGUUACCGUGGCUACCAGUACAUCAUGGAGUGUGACUGUCGCGGAGGAGAGUACAAGUGUUAUCGUGAGUUUGGUUCCCACUCCCAGACUCCCCAGAUUCAGUCCAUCAGGAGGAUCCAGCACUGAGAGGGCAGGGCUUCCAUCACACUUCCUUAUCUCCUCCUCCUCUUCUCCUUCCUCCUGCACUUCCACCCCUCCUUCUCUUCCUCUUCUCCCCCAACCCCCAUCUCCCCGGCUCCGUUGGUCAAAGCAGGAUCCCGGGCUGGACUUCAGGUGCUUACUGGUGUCAGUUGUUCACAGCACUUUUGCAUUUUUUAAAGAAACAUCACAAAAGAAAAGAAAGAUGUAAGAAAGACAGAACAUAGGAAUGACAGAUUUCUCUUUUUCGUCUCCACCAUUGAUGGCAUCACCAUCAUCAUCAUCAUGGUCAUCAUUGUCUUCUACAUCAUCACGAUCACCAGUCUUGCUGUUACUGUUCCAUGGCUGCCUGUGUUCAAGACGAUGAAUAAAGAGAAUGAGCAAAGAAACAGAGAUAUUCACAA